AUGCGAGUCCCCCUCUACCACCCCGCUCCCGCUCCAUCGGCUGUCUUCGGGGGCGAGGCGGUUCCCCGCAAGCGAGUCAACCCCCUUUCUCGCAUCUUCUUCUUCUGGGUCGCCCCAAUCCUCAAGCUGGGAUACUCCAGGCCUCUACAAGCGACCGAUGUGUGGGACCUCGAGGAUUUUCUGCGCGCAAAGCCGGUGGCUGACCGACUGCAAGAAUACUUCCAGUCCCGCCUCCCACCGUCGAAACGGACGAAGGGCUACCGGCUGAAAGAUGCCCCUGUCGCUGAUUCCAACGCACUCGAGUCUCCCAUAGAGGACAGCAAGUCAAAGUACGGCAAGCGCACAUCCAAUAAGAUCGAAUCUGGUCGCUACGCACUGGAGGGCGGCCAGGUGUACGAUCAGAGUCUCUGGCGGGCAUUGUUCUUGACAGGAAGACUUGACGUCAUGAAAGCGAUUGCUCUCGUCUUGACAUCAUUCAUGCUGCAAAUUGCGGCACCGCUCCUGUCCAAGGUACUGAUCGAUGAGUUCACGCGAGCCAAAGCAUACAGGGAUGCUCUCGGAUCAGGCCAGUCUGUCCAAGAUCUGAUCCCUCCCCACACACUUGGAUUCUCCUUUGGCAUCUGCGUCGCCUUACUAGUCAUGCUCAUCGUCAGCUCAGUCUUCAGAGCGCACGGGGAGCAACGUUUCGGACUAUUGGGUCUGAGCCUGCGGGGAGCGGUGAUUGAUUUGAUCUCGCGGAAGACAAUGCGCCUGUCCAGCAAAGCCCGCCAAGACUCUCCCCAGGGGCAGAUCAACGCCUUAGUCACAUCUGACUCAACCACAAUUGAACGGUCCGUAGCAGACCAAGUCAUCAUGGCUGCGCUCAUUCCGCAAUUGAUCGUUGGGUGUGGUCUCUUGAUCUGGCAACUGGGCUAUUCAGCACUGGUCGCCUUGGCUAUCCUUGCUGCCUCAGGCCCGGUUCAAGUUUUCGCUCUCGGCCGGUUCCUUAAAUACCGCAAUGAGCACCAAGGCAUCAUGGACCAGCGUGUUUCCUUGCUGACGGAGGUCGUGGGCAAUAUUCGCACCAUCAAGCUCUAUGCGUACGAGACCCUCUUCGGCCUCAAAGUCGCUGAGAAGCGAAAAGAAGAGCUGAAGGUCAUGCGGCGCAUCACGCUGAUGAACUCGAUCAGCAGAUCUUUCAUGUUCUUCAUCCCCACGGUAGCCGCAGUAUGUGCUUUCAUUGUCUUCGCAGCCGCCGGAAACCCUCUCGAUGCCGGGAAGCUCUUCACCUCCCUGCAAUUCCUCACCAUCAUGCGCGCGCCCAUCGCAUGGUUCCCGCGGAUCAUCGCUGCCGCUGCUAACGCCCUGAUCUCUGCACGCCGGAUUGGGACUUUACUUCAGGCAGAAGAGCAAGCUGACGACAUGAACAUCGAGCGGGACCUACCCUACGCGGUCUCCGUCAAAGGAAGUUUCCAGUACGAGACCACCCGAACGCAGGGGCACGCGGACGAGAGAGCGGUCCGGGGGGCGGUCAAUCUCGGCGCAAAGCUCGAGGACUUGAAGAAACGUCUGAAAUCGCCUCUCAGUACGCCAAUCUCCAGCCAGAUCGACCUGGGCGCUCUGGGUUCAACGGCGGAGAAGAAUGAGAGUGUCAAGGAGCCUUUCAUACUGAAAGAUGUGAACCUCGAUAUCCCGCACGGUGCAUUGGUCUGCAUUGUGGGUCGAGUGGGCGCCGGGAAAUCGACUCUGCUCGGAUCCAUGAUCAAUGAGGUGCGAAAGGUCUCGGGGCAGAUCACUUUCGGUGGUUCAAUCAGCUACGUCCCUCAGCAUGCUUGGGUACAGUCCGGGACCAUUCCCGAGAACAUCACCUUCUCGGCCGAACGCUCGCACGUCGAUCUGGAUCGGGUCGCCGCGGUGGUGGAGGCCUGCUGUCUCAGUGUUUAUCUGGAAAAGCUGGACGAGGGUGAUCUGACCAAGAUCGGCGAGCGAGGAAUCACGCUGUCGGGCGGCCAAAGGCAGCGCAUCUGCGUGGCCCGUGCGGCAUACGAAGAUACUGAUGUUGUCCUUCUUGACGAUCCUCUUUCGGCUGUGGACGCACAGGUCGGGCAGCACAUCCUCCACAAGUGCAUCCUCAGCGGUCCCUUGGCUGGCCGGACUCGCAUACUGGUCACUCACCACCUGGAUGUACUACCUCUGGCUGACAUGAUACUCAUGAUGCAGGGGGAUGGCGAAGUGGGUCAGAUCGUGCAGCAGGGAUCGUAUCAGGAUCUGAUGAUGAUUGACGGUCCUUUCCGAUCGCUGGUCAACGAGUAUGGGUCCAAGACUACCAAGGAGGAAGAAGAUGACGCCAUCGACGAAGUCCAGAAGACAGCUGGUGCGUCUGCGGACAAAGAAGGGGAUGCGCUCCAUAUGGAGGAGGAUCGCGAGACCGGUGCUGUCGCCCUCUCGACGUACGGUCUUUGGGUCGCCAACAUGGGUCACUGGAGUCUGGUGCUUUUGCUCGGCAUGCUGUUUGUUAUUGCCCAGAUAGCCUCCAUCGCCAACAUCCUCUGGCUGGGUUGGUGGGGCGGAAACCGAUUCAGCAACCUCUCCAGGGGAGCUUAUAUGGGUGUCUAUGCUGGGAUCGGACUUAUGUUUGCUCUAUGUCUAUUUUUGAGCACGUGCCUCUUCGCCGUACUUGCUUUACACGCAUCUUUCAGCAUGUUCGGGAAAGCUUGGCAGGGGGUGCUGCGGUGCCCGGCGGGCUGGCAUGAUCGUACCCCGACCGGAAGAAUCAUCAGCCGGCUUUCAGGCGAUGUGUAUACUAUGGACUACUGGCUGGCGGAUGUCACCUGGCACUGUAUAACCAACUCACUGAGCAUGGUUGGGACUUUUGCGCUGGUCGUUUACGUCUACCCCUGGCUUGGACUGGCGUUCAUUCCGGUUGUCCUGUUCACAAUCAUCACCAUCGUCUUUUACUCGAAGACAAGUCGUGAAAUCAAUCGAGUCGAAUCAGUGAUGCGCAGCUUUGUAUUUGGGAAUAUAGGGGAACAGUACGCUGGUCUGGCAAUCAUCAAGGCGUUCCGCAAGCAGGCUCGAUUCCAGCUACAGAUGCAGAGCUCCUUGGAUGAGCAGAGCAAAUUGGCCGCGAUCAGGGCGGUUGCGAUCUUCGGUGUUGCCACCCGCGACGAGUCGGACCCCUACCGGUUCGGCAUCGUUCUCACCUAUGUCAUGACUGCCGCGUUUGUAUUGCAAGAUCUCAUCCCCAAUGUCGCUCAAGUGGAGCAAGAAAUGAACAAUGUUGAGCGAGUCGGACACUACACCAAACUGGAGAGCGAGGGAGAGUCUAUCCGAUCAACCGACCCAAUCGUUGCCCAGUGGCCGAGCAAAGGUACCAUCACAUUCGACAACUUCCAGCUGCGAUAUCGUCCGGAGUUACCGCUGGUCCUCAAAGGUCUCAAUUCCGAGAUUCGCCCAGGAGAGAAAGUCGGAAUCAUCGGCAGGACAGGCGCCGGGAAGAGCAGUCUGGUCCAGGCUCUGUAUCGCACCGUCGAGCUUGUGGAGGGCAAGAUCUGCAUCGACGACCAAGAUAUCGCCGCGCUUGGACUGGAGACUCUCCGGUCGAGACUCUCCAUCAUCCCGCAAGAAAGCUUCCUCUUUGCCGGAUCUGUCCGCGAGAAUAUCGAUCCGGCCGGUCUGAAGUCUGAUGCCGACCUCAACAACGCGCUCGCGCUCAUUUCAGCCAAUACCGCCGCCUCGAGCAGUCUGCGCGACAAGUUCAGACUCGAGACGGACGUUCAGGCAGAGGGGGCGAAUUUCAGUGCCGGGGAACGCCAGCUGUUGGCACUGAUGAGAGCGCUUGUUCGGGGAUGCAAGAUCUUGGUUUUGGACGAAGCCACUUCCUCUGUCGACCCAGAGACGGAUGCCUUGAUUCAGCGAAUCAUUCAAUCAGAGUUCUCCCACGUCACGCUCAUCUCGAUUGCGCAUCGUCUGCAAACGGUGGCGUACUAUGAUCGGAUCCUCGUCAUGGAUGCUGGAGUGGUAGCCAAGUUCGACAGUCCCCUCAUCCUCUUUGAUCGUCCCGACUCCAUCUUCAGAUCCCUCUGCGAUACCAAGCAGAUUACCCGGGAUGACCUUGUUCGGAUCCAGGCGGACGCAGUGAAGUCUGCUUGA